AAAAUGUCUUGAUUUGACCGCUUCUGGAAAACUGCAUAAAUUGUCGAUGUGACGCACAAAUAAUCUUGCGACAGUUUGACCUUCAAGUGCUCGCAACCCACGUCAGUGGACGAUACCCUAGGAGCGUUGCAUUAGAUCGUUGCCCCACUAACCUUACGUCUAAAUCGGCACUUCCUAAGUGUCUAACGUCCUGCCGUCUAAAUAAACCUAUUAACUCUGUAACUAUACACAUGUAGAUGGGAUCAUUAUGGAUAAAAAAUGUUUUUGGUGUGCAUUUAAACGAGGAAGAGCUCCGGAACAUUCCGCAUUUAAAGAUCGAACUGCUAACGCAUAUCGCUCUCAGAACAGUUCAAACUUCAUGUCUUUUCGGAGCUAUCGUAUGUGCCCCGGUGAUUACCUUGCUGUCAGCACCUAGAACUUUAAGGUGUUUAACCAGAAGAUCAUUCAAAUUCGCCACUUAUGGAUUCUUACCCGGAAUCACCAUAGCCCCAAUACUGAUGUAUGCUCGAAUGAAAGAUCAACCGGUCGAGGCAUUUUACGACAGGUGCUAUCGGCUACGGUGCAACAAAAGCCAGAAAUAUAGUUGUCAUUUAUGGCAGGGGAUAUGAACACUCUUUUGUCAUAUGGAUUGCUAACACGUGUCGCAUGGGAAAAAUUAUAAUCUACUUUUACUGGUUGGGAUAAUUCCAUGUUCAAUUUAUUAUUUACCUGUGGAUUUGGUUGUAAGUAAUUUCUGCAGCAAUUGAUAGAGUUAACAACAGAUGUUCGGUUUUGUUCAAUUAUCAUUGGCGUUUGGCUUUGAGCAUGAUUUUCAUCAAUAUUUUGAUUGUUCAAGCGAGUGGAAAAAUUUUGAUCAACGGGAAAUGCAACAUUCUCACAGUUCAUUUUAGAAUUAUUGUUGUUAUUAGGCGUAAUCGAUUUCGAUGUAAUUUGUACGACAAUUUCUGACUUGGGAAUACAUUC